AUGAGCAACACUCUACAAAUUGAUGGUCACACCGAAGAAGUUAAGAAGUUGAGAAUGUCCCCAUUCACCUUAGCGGAAGAAGCCGAAGAAUGGUUCUAUUCUCUACCUAUUGGUAGCAUCACAUCUUGGGAAGAGAUGGAAAAAGCCUUCCUGAAUGAGUAUUUUCCAGCGUCAGUUUUUCUGCGGAGGAGGUACGAAAUUCUGAAUUUUAAGCAGAAGGACGAGGAAACUUUGGGAGACGCCUACAAGAGAUUCAAGAGAUUGAUUGAUACCGCAGCCGGUGGCUCUACUAAUUUCUCAACAACCACCGAUAUCAAGAAGAUCAUUGAAGCUAUUGCUGCUAAUGAGCACUUGGAGUUGUACGAUAGAUGUCAAAGUAAUCCAGAAGGGGUUAUCGAUUUAAAGCUGGAAACCAAUAAAAUCCGUAUCGAAGAUACUAUAGCUGUUAAAGUUGAGAAGAAGCUGAAGGCGGUGAAUAUAGGUACUCAACAGGUGGCACAGGUCCAAUCGGCUCCUACUGUCUAUUGUGAGAUUUGUAAUGGUCCGCACCAAAUGAAUCAUCCCAACUUCUCAUGGAAAGGCCGGAAAGGGAACACUCCUCAAGACGGCCAAUACCAAACUCAAUAUCAACAACAACAGCAACAACAAGCUCCUAAGAAAGCUGAUUGGGAGAUUGACAUUGAAAGAAUGGAAGCUCAUAAUAUUCAAUUCGAAGAAGAAACUCGCAACAAUCAGAAAAACACCACAACAUCCAUAAAAAAUCUUGAAGUCCAGAUGGGGAAAAUAGCACAACAAUUAGCCUCGAGUUCUCAAGUACAAGGUGCUCUACCUAGUGCAACUGUGAAAAAUCCUAGAGAGCAUAAUAAUGUGAGUGUUGUGACAACAAGAAGUGGUAAAUCUAAUGAAGUAGUUGAGGAGAUGAAUGAAGAGGAAGAUCAAUUGAUCGAAGUAGAUCUUGAGAUCAAAGAAAAUGAAGCUUUGAGGGAAGAAGUGGUGGCACCGAAACCAGUAGUGAAAGAAACAGUCACUGAGCCGAAGCCGGGUAUGAAGAUCCCAAUGAAGAAGAAAGAUCGAGGAGAGGUCACUAUUCCUUGUACCAUUGAAGAUAGGUCAUUCAAAAAAGCUCUUAUUGAUCUAGGAGCAAGUAUGAGUCUCAUGUCGUUAUCUAUCUACAAGAAACUUGGUAUAGGGCUUGUGCAAGAUACCAGGAUGACACUUCAAUUCGCUGAUCAUUUGGUCAAGAAACCGUAUGGUAUUGUUGAAGAUGUUCUGGUGAAAAUUGACAAGUUUGUAUUCCGGAUAGAUUUCGUGAUUCUAGAAAUGCCUGAAGAUGAAGAGAUCCCUCCGAUUCUUAGGAGACCCUUUUUAGAGACGGGAAGAUGCUUGAUCAACAUAGAAGAGGGGACUAUGACGUUGAAGGUUUAUGAUGAGGAAUUAAAGAUUGAUGUUCGGAACACCAUGAAGUACAAAGAUGAUAUUUGUACCAGUCACACUAUAGAGGUUCUGGAUCAAGUGAUGACGUAUGAUAGUCCUUUGAAUGUAUCACAGUUGCAUUUGGAAAGAGUGUUGAGUUUGUCCAUUUUCGAAAAUGAUAAAGAAGUGGACAAGGGGGAAUCCGAAGUGUUGGCCUUGAUGGAUGCACAACCCCCGUGGAAAGGAUCUCGACCACACCGACGGGAAGAUUUACGACUACCUCAAACUAGUGAGGAGGAUAAAGAUCCCAAGAAGGGAACGAAGUUGAAAAAACUUCCUGAGAAUCUAAAAUAUGUCUUUCUCGACUCUGAAGGUAUUAAGCCUACUGUAUGCAUGGAUAAAAUUAUCAUGGAAGAAGACCACAAACUGGUGGUCCAACCGCAGAGAAGAUUCAACCCACCAAUGAAAGAAGUAGUUCGGAAAGAGGUGGUGGAAUUGUUAGAAGCAGGUCUUAUAUAUCCUAUUUCUGACAGCCCUUGGGUGAGUCCGGUGUAUGUGGUCCCAAAGAAAUGGGGGACCACCGUAAUAAGGAAUGAAAAGAAUGACUUAAUCCCUACAAGGACAACUAUCGGUUGA